GGUGCCGGCGCCGGCGGGGCCGGCCCCGAUCGAGGUGCAGCGCCGGCGGGUGGGCGGCGGGUGGACGAGUCGCCGGAUCUCCUUCUACGCCUCCCGCGCCUACUUCCUACUCAUCAUCCUCCAGAUCCCGCUCUUCCGACUGAAGUGAGGAAACAACGACACAUGCAGCGGUUACACUUUGCCCAACUUACAAGGUGGUCCAUCAUCCGCAGCAAUACUGCUGUCCUAGCCUUUGUGUUGUUGUAUUGCACAACAAUGGCAAGGCUGCAUAUGCAACUGCAAGUGGCUCUUGCUUGCCCUGUCUAUAGCUCUCUGUUGAUGUCUGGCAGAUGAUGAUAGCACAUGUGAGGAGCUGAGCUGAGCCCCACUGUCAUCUGAAGACUGAUGAUGAAUAUUCAGAAGCCAGCAAUGCCAGGGAGAUGAGAGUCGGUGUCUGCUAUGAGCUGAAGAGAUAUCUUUUAUGUUUGAGAUGUGAGGCAGUUCCCAAGUCACUAGUCACAAUCUUCCGCAGUGCUUCCUCUUGGCUAGAGCCCUCCUCACAAAAGAUAAAACAAACAUCAUCUUCAUUCCAGUUCAAUAAUUGAGAUUCCUCUCUGUCUGUUCCCUCCUCCCUGCUGUUACAAUGAUUGUUAUUGUUAGGCAGUAUGAGUAAUACAUGUGCAUUUGAUGUUGUCCUUGUUUACUUGUAGUUAAUAGCUGUUAAGAUGUAAGCCAGUAGCCCACGCACCCUUCCACCGACAAAAUACCUGCAGCUGCCACUAUCCUCAUCUGCCUGCUGGGAAGAAGAGGGAUAGUCUCUCAAUUCCAGCUCUGCCUCUCCAGUUACUCUGUUGCCAGUCUCCCUACACAGUCACUAGACCUGUUGGUGUUCAGAAUUCCCAGGCCUCGACUGCCACGGUCCAGAUGUCUCUGCAGAGGAGCAUAGCCAUAUCUCCUCGUUGCUCCUUAUCUGAAUCGCUGCAUCGUGUGGGUGGUGCAAGAAGAAGAUGUGCAUCUUGUAGAUCCCAGUCUUCAAGCUUUGCUUAUAGUGCGAGACUGUCUCCGAUCGUUCUCAAGACCUACAGUGCAAUUGAUCCCUCCGAACCAAAGAAUUUGGAUCCGAGCUCCUCAGCUUCAAGAAGUGGACCUCACAGUGCAACUUGUCAUCCAUCAGGCACUGCUGGAGUAAUGGGAGCAUCUUCCACUUCCUCUCUCAGAUUUUUAGAAAAAUUUGUGUGUUGGAGUACCAGAGAUGGAGAAGAGUCACCUCCAUUCGUCAUCUGCAAUGAUCCACUUGUCAAGAAAGAGCUUUUGUCAUCUGGAAACCAGCUCACUUCUGACUCUAGUAUUGCUCUUGGGAAGUUAAGGCAGAAGAGGCUCUUCUUGGAGCAAUCUGGAGCAUGUUGCAUUGUUAUGCCAUGCCAGUUCUUACAUGCCUGGCACGAUGAGAUUUCACAGGGUUGCUCAGUUCCUUUCCUCCAUGUUGGUGAUUGUGUUGCAAAUGAACUCAAAGCUGCAAACUUGAAACCUGUUGAGUAUGGAAGUAAUGUCUGUGUAGGAGUUCUGGCUACUGAUGAUACACUGGCUAGAAAGUGCUACUUAGACAAGCUUGAGAGACAGGGUUUUGAGGUGCUAUGUCCAGAUGAAGCUUCCAUGCAGCGCACAGUGUUACCAUCAGUCGAUGCAUUUAGGAAGGGGGACAUGGAAGGUGCAAGAAAUCUACUGCGAGUGUCGCUCCAAGUUCUUCUUGUGAGAGCUGUCAAUACGGUAAUCCUUGCAUCUGAUGACCUUGUAGGCAUCUUGCCUGACGACGACCCUCUGCUCAAGAAAUGUAUUGACCCCUUGGAUGCCUUGGUCCGAGAGGCCAUUGUAUGCACAAGAAUACCUCGACCAUGAUAUGCCUCAGGUUACUCUGGUUCUUGUGUAGGUCCCCAACAGUAGCUGUUUGCACAUUGACUUCCUGUGAGCACAUUUGUAGAUUUUAAGAUAGAAAGGAGGACUCAUCUUUCGUCAACAUCAUUGAUGGUUGAACACUUUGUGCAUUUUGAUCUGUUGUACCCUUCUGUUUUGCAAGUUGCAACCAAGUCAACAGAGAUGGUGAUGAGCCCACCCGCGAGCCCAGAUAUGUGAAA